GGUGGUGGUGGUGGUAGUGGUGGUGGUGACGGCGACGACGACGACGCUGCUGCUGCUGCUGCUGCUGCUGCUGCUGAUGAUGAUGAUGAUGAUGAUGAUGAUGAUGAUGAUGAUGAUGAUGCCGCUGUUGUUGUUGUUGCCUUGUUGUCCUUUUUAAUGUCGUUGCUGCUGCCGCUACUGUUGCUGUUGUUGCAGUUCAAGGUCUUUGAUGCCGAACAAGUGAGACAGUGGUCCCAGCUAUCGGUCCACUUCAAUGACCCUUUUAGUAGCAAAUUAGCACUUCCUUAUCUCUCUAUCCAGCCAUAAGUACUAUAAUUAUCGCGUGAUAACUUUUCGACCCUGCCUUGGGGGUCUUAUGUGCCGUCAGACGCCUUCUCACACCCCUCGUAUUUAGCGUUGCACUCAGCCCGGAGGCAACCAUCAGGCACCAAUUCUCAAGAUCGAUAGACCUACUGACAUGGCGAAAAACACCUGGUCACAUGCAGCAUCUGAUACAUUUGUGAGCAAAACAACUGCGACUGAGAAACUGUCAGACUACUUCGGACGCUGA